AUGAAUAAACAAAAACAGGCUUAUCGUGAGCUUGAAGCGUCGUGCGCACCCCCUGGUAGCGACGUGGGGCUUCAUCUUUUGGGUGGUAGUGCGCGCUGCAGCGUAGGACUCAGAGCCACAGCAUCCAUGGCGAUUGAAACGCUAGUGUUAGGCGCUGGCCAAGAAGUUGGGAAGAGCUGCGUGGUGGUAACCAUCAACGGCAAGCGAAUCAUGUUCGAUUGCGGAAUGCACAUGGGCUUCUUGGACCAUCGUCGUUACCCUGACUUCACCCUCAUCGACCCCAAUCAAGAUUUCAACUCCGCCAUUACUUGCAUCAUCAUCACUCACUUUCAUUUGGAUCAUGUUGGCGCUUUAGCUUACUUCACUGAAGUUUGCGGUUAUAAUGGACCGAUUUACAUGACGCAGUACCCAACAAAAGCUUUGGCUCCUUUGAUGUUGGAAGACUACCGGAAAGUGAUGGUUGAUCGCCGGGGGGAGGAAGAGCUAUUCUCUGUUGAUCAAAUUGCUGAGUGCAUGAAGAAAGUUACUGCUGUUGACCUGAGGCAGACUGUAAAAGUAGAUGAAGAUCUGCAGAUACGAGCCUAUUACGCAGGACAUGUUAUUGGAGCUGCAAUGUUCUAUGCAAAAGUGGGAGAUGCAGAAAUGGUUUAUACUGGAGACUACAAUAUGACAGCAGAUAGACAUCUUGGAGCAGCUCAAAUUGAUCGACUGCGACUUGACCUUCUUAUAACCGAAUCCACAUAUGCGACUACAAUACGUGAUUCAAGAUAUUCUCGUGAGAGGGAAUUCCUCAAAGCUGUGCAUUUGAUUGGAAUAGAAUAUUUAGAGUCAGCUGGUCUAGGAAUAUUUGUUUAUAAGGUUCAUAAAUGUGUAUCUUGUGGAGGCAAGGUGCUUAUUCCAACAUUUGCUCUUGGAAGAGCUCAGGAACUAUGCAUUUUAUUGGAAGACUACUGGGAACGCAUGAAUUUGAAGGUUCCUAUCUACUUCUCAGCAGGUUUAACAAUCCAAGCUAAUGCGUAUUAUAAGAUGCUUAUUAGUUGGACAAGCCAGAAGAUUAAAGAUACAUACUCUAAACAUAAUGCUUUUGAUUUUAAGAAUGCUCCUCAUUCAUCUAGUUUGGAUGUUACAGUUCAAAAAUUUGAAAGGUCUAUGAUUGAUGCUCCUGGCCCUUGUGUUCUUUUCGCCACUCCUGGGAUGAUAAGUGGUGGAUUUUCACUUGAAGUUUUUAAGCACUGGGCAGUGUCAGAAAACAACCUUGUCACUUUGCCUGGGUAUUGUGUGGCUGGAACGAUAGGUCAUAAAUUAAUGUCAGAUAAGCAGGCCAAAGUUGAUCUGGAUGCUAAUACAAAAUUAGAUGUUCGAUGCCAGGUUCAUCAAUUAGCUUUUAGUCCUCACACUGAUUCUAAAGGGAUAAUGGAUCUUGUAAAUUUUCUCACCCCCAAGCAUGUGAUACUAGUGCAUGGGGAGAAGCAUAAGAUGGCUUCCCUUAAGGAAAAAAUUCAUUCUGAAUUGGGGAUUCAAUGUUAUGAUCCUGCAAACAAUGAAACCAUAUCCAUCUCUUCAACUCACUAUGUAAAUGCAGAAACCUCAGAUACUUUCGAUCGAAGCUGCUUGAGUCCGAACUUCACGUUUCCGAAAUGCAGUUCGGUGGACACAUGUAACUCUACUAUAAUGGACAAAAACUUAAUGCCUAUGAUUCAAGUUGAAGAUGAAAGGGUAUCAGAAGGAGUUUUGGUUGUGGAGAAGGGAAAAAAGGCAAAGAUUGUUCACCAGGAUGAACUUUUGCUUAUGUUGGGGGAACAGAAGCACCAGCACGAUACAAUGAGCUGGACGUUGUGA